CCAUUGGAGGUGGCGGGCCCGCCCCGCAGGCUCGGUGAAGGUGAGAGUCUCCUCCACGAGCCGCUGCUGUACCAGACAGAGCAGCUCCCGGUGCGGGGUGAAAGCUCUCGGCAGAUUCUGGUCCUCUCGCUAUGGCGCCUCCGUCCAUCUUUUCCGAGGUUCCGCAGGCCCAGCCUGUCCUUGUGUUUAAGCUCGUCGCCGACUUCCGGGAGGAUCCAGACCCUCGCAAGGUCAACCUGGGGGUGGGAGCAUAUCGCACAGAUGAUUGUCAGCCCUGGGUUCUGCCGGUAGUGAGGAAGGUGCAGCAGAAGAUUGCUAACGACAACAGCCUGAACCAUGAAUAUCUGCCGAUCCUGGGCCUAGCAGAGUUCCGGACCUGUGCUUCCCGGCUUGCCCUUGGGGAUGACAGCCCAGCUCUCAUGGAUAAGCGGGUAGGAGCUGUGCAGUCUUUGGGGGGAACAGGUGCACUUCGAAUUGGAGCCGAGUUCUUAGCUCGAUGGUACAAUGGAACAAACAACAAAGAUACACCUGUCUAUGUAUCCUCACCAACCUGGGAGAAUCAUAAUGGUGUGUUUUCUGCUGCUGGAUUUAAAGACAUUCGAUCCUAUCGCUACUGGGAUGCAGAGAAGAGAGGACUUGACCUGCAGGGUUUCCUGAAUGAUCUGGAGAAUGCCCCUGAGUUCUCCAUCUUUGUCCUCCAUGCCUGCGCACACAACCCAACCGGGACCGACCCAACUCCAGAGCAGUGGAAGCAGAUCGCCUCCGUCAUGAAGCGCCGGUUUCUGUUCCCCUUCUUUGACUCAGCCUAUCAAGGCUUUGCAUCUGGAGACCUAGAGAGAGAUGCCUGGGCUGUUCGCCAUUUUGUGUCUGAAGGCUUUGAGUUCUUCUGCGCACAGUCCUUCUCCAAGAACUUCGGGCUCUACAAUGAGCGAGUGGGAAAUCUGACUGUGGUGGGAAAAGAAACUGAUAGCGUCCUGCGGGUCCUUUCCCAGAUGGAGAAGAUCGUGCGGAUUACUUGGUCCAAUCCUCCUGCUCAGGGAGCACGGAUCGUGGCAUGUACCCUUUCCAACCCUGAGCUCUUUAAGGAAUGGACAGAUAAUGUGAAGACAAUGGCCAAUCGGAUUCUGACAAUGAGAUCUGAACUCAGAGCACGAUUAGAAGCCCUCAAGACCCCUGGAACCUGGAAUCACAUCACUGAGCAAAUUGGGAUGUUCAGUUUCACUGGGUUAAACCCUAAGCAGGUUGAGUAUCUGGUCAAUGAAAAACACAUCUAUCUAAUGCCAAGUGGUCGGAUCAACAUGUGUGGCCUAACCACCAAAAAUCUAGAUUACGUGGCCACCUCUAUCCAUGAAGCUGUCACCAAAAUCCAGUGAAGAAACACCACCGAAACCAAAGCGGUUCUCUGUCACAUGUGUUCCCUGCCUGCACAAACUUGGUUGUACAUAUCAUGCGGUACAAACUAUGGAAAGAUUGGCGUGGCUGCUCUGGCAAGACUGCUUCUGGUUAAAACUGGCCCCACUGGAAGACAGCAUCCCUUGAAAAGAAAUGGAUGGCUGGGGGUAGAGCCUUUUUGGAGGCCAGAGCAAAUUCAGGUUUUUAUUUAAAGAAGAAUAAAAUAUUUUGAUUAUGAGACAUAGCUAUCUUGCCCAUCUUCCUAGAAGCAGGAGUGUUGCCUGUGUUGCUCGUGUGUGUCUCCAUCUUGUUUGACUCUAUACAGUGUAGCCCCAAAGAUCAAGUUCUGAGGUAGCCAAGCGUGAUUGUGAGUGUUGGCUACGUCAUUAAAAGUUGUCAUCUCAACCCAGAGUGUCUGUCUGCCUGCUCUUUCCGCAUGGUUGUGUCCCUAGAUCUAAGCUUUAGUUCUUUGGCGUGACUACAGUAAGAAAUAUAUUUAUAUCAUGACACACACACGAAUAUUUAACUGAAACAAAAGUUUCACAAAACAGUAUUUAUGCUUGCUAUGUGUAGUGCAUUCUGAUGUUUUCGAGUCCAUUCUAUUCUCUUGUGUUCUAUUUCACUAAAAAUAAACAAAGUAAAGUAAAAAUGCUGAUCGAGAUCCAUGGAAUUGAUUUGGUGGUCCACUAAUGGGUUGUGACCCACGGCUUAAAAUGAAUGCUUUAGAGGGAUGUACUUGUGGUCAAGGAAAAACUAAAAUGUACUCUUAAAUACACCUGUCUUUGUGAACUCAGCUGUACCAUAACUCUACGUCGGUUUUGUGGGCUUGUUGUUCAAAGGCCAGCUGUCUGCUUAUAUUAUUUUGGAAUCUCAUAGAGGGAUUGACAUCACUCGGAGUGAUUCUAGAACACCAGCCCCUCCCGUGCAGUUAGGAUACCUCCUACUGUGUUGAAGCAAUUAUAGCACUGAAAUACAGAUCACGUUCUCCAGAGGGUCCAUGAAACUCUCCAAAUGUCGGUUUUGUAGAAUGUGGUGGGUUGAAUCUUACUUAAAAUACGAGGGCUACUGCUUGGAGUUUAAAAUAUUUACGGAUCAUAUUAUUUUAACAGGAUCUGUGACUCCUUUGUCAUAAAAUCCUCCGUCUUGGGGAAUGACUGGGGGUCUUAGAAGUCAUGAACUCUGGCUUCUCUCCUGGGAUGAAAUAGUCUCUUCCACCUCAUCCCUGAUUUGUCGUUUUCAGAUGGCUGGUAAUGGUGGUGAUAGAUGCAGUACUUGGUGAGGCAUUCUAUUCUACGGAGUUCCUUAAUUAAAAAGAUCUUUGACCUUGAACCAGAAUUUGAUCUUCAUUUGCCCUGUUCCCUACUCUCCUUCUAUAAACCACAGAGUCAGUUUAUUGGCACUUUGAAUUGAUGGCUUUUCAAAUAUUUGAAAGAGCAGUUGUUAUUUUUUGCUUUUGCACGUGUCUGGUCCCCAGCCCCCAUUCUUCCCUGUUUCCACACAGGAUAUGCUUUCAGAUCCUUCAUCCCAGCUGGGUCCCCAGCAGUCCUUCAGAGAGCACUGGUGCCCUACACCCUGCUGUGCUUGGAUCUAAUGAAUUUGAAGGGUUUAGUGAUUAGAUGAUCUAGUGCUCAUUUCCUCAUCACCUCCCGUUCUAAAUUCCUUUUUAUGAGUAUUCAUUUUCCUUCCAGUUUAAAGAUGCUUGUCCUUAGGAAGGGAAGACAAAAGCAAAUAGGAAUCGAAUAAUUCUACGUUCUGUCAAUCUUCUUUCAUUCUCCCCAAACAUAGCUUUAAACCAUGCAGUCUCAACAGGGAUACUGUUAUCCCUAAGAGAGCAAAAAUUGACUCUUGGGGGGUGAAAAAGUCAUAGAGAUUAAACUGGUCUGAGGCCUUCCAAAGCUUACCGCCCCUGACAAAAUCUUAUUCCUUAGUAUUUAAUUUCUCUUAUAAGGAAGAAUUUAAUUUUUCUUCAUAGGGAGGUGUUUGUGAAAAAAAGAAAUGCUUUAAAACCAAAGUGCUAAAAUGUUUUUAGCAUUUAAAAAUAAUCCCCAACUCAAUGGGAGUUUGGCCGUUUAAAAUGUAUUCUUCAAGGAGCCCUAGUGGUGCAGUGGUUAAGCACUCGGCUCCUAACCAAAAGGUUGGCAGUUUGAGCCCACCAGCCGCUCCACUGGAGGAAGAUGUGGCAAUCU